GAAAAAGAUCACGUGAUUCGGGCUGUUUAUCAACAAUGUAGUAGCAUCCGGACCAGAAGGCGGGCGGGCGUAGUUAAUGUUACUUAUGUGACAUCAGACAAAGAAAAGUGAAAAUAGUAUUUUUUGUUUUGGAAAGUAGAGUGAACUGGAAAAUAGUUGCAAAAAUGAACAAAGAGUCGCUGUUAUCGGGAGUAAAUGUAGUGCUGGUUAUGGCCUACGGCAGUCUGGUGUUUGUGUUAUUGUUUAUCUUCGUGAAGCGACAGAUCAUGCGGUUUGCUAUGAAGUCCCGCAGAGGACCGCAUGCGCCGGUGGGACACAAUGCACCAAAGGAGCUAAAAGAAGAGAUCGAGUCGAGGCUAGCCAAAGUGAAUGCUAUCCGCUAUGAGCCGCGGCUGUUGGCUCAGGAUGAUGAGAGACUGAAGCAUCGCGGGCAGAACGGCUGUUAUAACUACAUGUACAGAAUGCAAGCUCUAGAUGCCAUCAGAGACACCGGCAUUGUGUCUCCUGAUCUGGCUCGCAGCCCCAGCGCCCUGACUGGCCCCUGCUACAGGAAGUGGCUGCUGGACCUGCGUAACUGUCACUCGCUGAUAAAAACCAGCCACAGCAGCCUCAUCGACCGCCUGUUGGAGGGCUACAUCAACGCACGUCACGGCACUUCGGUGUUUGGUGAAGCUGAAUUCCUCAAAUACAAAGAAGACUUGGCUGAGCUGGCUGCCAUUGUGAAGGUGCACUCCAGCUCCACCAGCCUGAACCAGCAGCACCAGUCAGCAGCCAAAGACCUGACGAGCUCGCCCGGUCCGUCCUCAGCCUGCACCAUCCAGGUGACCUACCUGCCUUCCUCAGGCCAGCGCAGCAAGAGACCCAAACACUUCCUCGAGCUCAAGAACUUCAAGGACAACUAUAAUACUCUGGAGAGCACGCUGUAGGGACCUGCGCUUUCUCCCGUCAGAUGCAUUAGUCCUGACAUCAGCAAUGAAGAAGACGCGGCUGACCUCGUACUGCAGUGUGGAGUGGAACAUGAGUUUUAAUGACUGAAUCAGAGGUUGUUCAAACCCUUCAGAAUAAAUACAGAGGAACUGGCACAAAAACAUCCACGUGCCAAAAAGGAGAUAACAGGCUGUGCAUGUGCGAGACAGCGACAAGCCGAACGUCUUCAGGAGACACCGUUUUGAAUAUAAUGGGAGGAAAUAGUGUUAAAGUGUGUCUGAGUUUAUCGGUUGAACUGGUGUCAGUGUUGCGUCCUGAGGAGACGUCACUGCUGCUAUUUCUCAGCAUUCCUUCAUUCAGAGCUGCCUGUAUGAGCUAAAGAGUAGCUUGAAACCUGAACAAAUAAAACAAGACUGUGA